AGACUUAAUAAUUAACUUUUCAAUUUGGAAUUUAGACCAUAUUUCAAUUAGUUUUUUCUGUGAUUUGUUAUUUUUGUCUUCAAAACAGAUAUGUUUGUCUUUCAGUUCUCAAUCUAAAGCACAAUUUAAUGCUCAUGGCUCCUAACAAAGAUCUCAUUGUCAAAAAAACUCUUUAUGCUGGUAAAGAGGUAAUUCAUUUCAAGGAUGGCACAAAGAUCCAUUUUCACUUCCAAACAAGGCUGUGUAAUAAUGACAAAACUUUACUUGACGAUUCAAGAAAAAUGGGAAAAGGACAACCUUUGGAGCUGGUCCUGGGCAAAAAAUUCAAACUAGAAGUCUGGGAAGCUAUUUUGCAGAAAAUGGCUUUGUAUGAAGUGGCACAAUUUACUGUGGAUAAAAGUCUUGUUAUACAAUAUCCGUUUGUUGCGAAAACCCUCAGAGAUCUCAAUAAACCCAAAGAACAAAGAAAUACACAUUGCUGUGCAAUGACUCUGCAAAAUGAAGGAAUUGGAUAUAAUGAUUUAAAUGACUUCCUUAAAAAUCCUUCGGAUUUAGAAUUUACUAUUGAAUUGGUGAAAGUAGAACAACCUGACAGUUACGAGAAGGAAACAUGGCAGAUGGCAGAAGAGGAGAAAAUUGAUCUCAUUCCCAAACUGAGAGAACAAGGAAAUGAGCAGUACAAAAAUAAAAACUAUAAAUAUGCAGCAGAUUUGUAUGCAAAAGCGGUGGGGAUGUUAGAACAGCUGAUGCUCAAAGAAAAACCUCAUGAUACAGAAUGGAAUGAAAUGGACAAACAGAAAAUACCGAUUCUUCUGAAUUAUGCUCAGUGCAAACUGAACGAAGGAGAUUAUUAUGCAGUCAUUGAGCACUGUACUACAGUUUUGAAAUCAGACAAAGAUAAUGUCAAAGCUUACUUCAGAAGAGCAAAAGCACAUGCCCAUGUUUGGAAUGUCGAUGAAGCAAAGCAGGACUUCGAGAAAGUGAUUGAACUUGAUAAAAGCCUGGAGUUGUUAGUUAGGAAGGAACUAGCAGCAUUAGACCAAAGAGUGAAAAGCAAGGAUUUGGAGGAUAAGGAAAAAUAUAGCAAAAUUUUCACUUAAUUAUUGAUAACUAUGUUUAUUACUAACUCUUAACUUUGUAAAAAAUAUAUGUAUUUAUAUUU